GUUAGAAGUCGAAUCAUUCGAUACUACGUUGGACUUACAACUGAGAAUGAACACGUGUGUUAGUGUAAAAUGAAUUUCGCGCUUUUCUUCGUGUUAAAAGUGAUUGAACAUUGUUUUCAGUAUUUUUGGCAUUAUGAUGGGAUAUUACAGAAGGAGUUUUACUGGGAUUAUCUAGAGCCUCAGAGCCCUGCGAGUCACCAUCAGAAAGAAGUUUUAUCUUCUAAACCUACUCAACAUUUAGUAAAAGUAUCUUCCCGUAAUGGACCAUUGACCUCAAAAGCUUCUCUAACAUACUUGAAGUCUGUACACAGUAACAAAGACUUUUCCACAUCAGACUAUGGAUCCUCUCACUUGCAUCAAACGAGUAGUUCCUCUAGCAAACACAUGAGCUCAUCUUGCCACAACGGAAUAACAAGAACAUCUCUAAUUCACACAGACCUGCCAUUAUUAGAGACGAGCAGCAAAUCUUCAUCCAAGAUCAACUUGAACCAAGGCAAGACGCUGAGCACUCCGAUGUCCCCAAUGGUGGAUGCCGGUUUUCCGGCCAUAAAUAAUAACACAAGAAGUUCUCAACACGAGCUUAGUAACAACAAUAAAGAUGAAAGCAGCUUUCCCAUGACACCAUCAGAGGCCCUAAGAAUCUACGGAAAUCGACUGUCUGAUUACGAAAAGACUGAAAUAGAAAAAUAUUCAAAAAUUUGGUAUCUAGGACUAUCUGCCUGUAAAAUACACGGUGAACACAACGGUUCUCAAAACGGAGGUUACGACGAUGACAGUGGAAGUUAUAAUAAGGUACUUCACGAUCACAUUGGGUACCGGUACGAAAUACUGGAGGUAAUAGGAAGAGGCAGCUUCGGUCAGGUCAUCAGAGCCUUAGAUCACAUGACUAACAAACACGUCGCCAUAAAAAUCAUAAGGAACAAGAAAAGGUUCCAUCAUCAGGCGCUCGUCGAAGUCAGGAUAUUGGAUCACUUGAGGAAGAAGGACAAGGAAUGCAACCACAACGUCAUACACAUGCUGGAAUAUUUUUACUUUAGGAAUCACUUGUGCAUCAGCUUCGAAUUACUCAGCCUGAAUUUGUACGAGCUGAUAAAGAAAAACAACUAUCAGGGAUUUAGUUUGAACCUAAUCAGGAGGUUCGCCAACUCGCUCCUUAAAUGCCUGCGGUUGCUACAGAAGGAGAAUAUCAUUCAUUGUGAUCUCAAACCGGAAAACGUGUUGUUGAAACAGCGAGGAAGCAGCUCCAUAAAAGUUAUAGACUUCGGAAGUUCCUGUUACUCAAACCAAAGGGUAUACACUUACAUCCAGUCGAGGUUCUACCGUUCUCCGGAAGUCAUCCUCGGUCUAACUUACGGCACCGCCAUCGAUAUGUGGAGCUUAGGUUGCAUUUUGGCCGAGCUCUAUACGGGUUACCCGCUUUUUCCGGGCGAGAACGAAGUGGAGCAAUUGGCGUGUCUGAUGGAGGUUUUGGGACCACCGCCCGACGAGCUCAUUACCGUCGCUACAAGGAGAAGAUUGUUUUUCGAUUCUCGUGGAAACGCCCGGUGCGUAACGAAUUCGAAAGGUCGCAAGAGAAAGCCCGGAUCGAAAAACUUGGCAAUGGUCUUGCGGUGUAACGACCCGCUCUUCAUCGAUUUCUUGUCCAAAUGUCUGGAUUGGAAUCCGAAGAAGAGGCUGGCCCCGGACGAGGCGCUUCGCCACCCGUGGAUCCUUUCCGGUUCGUCGCAAAAGUCCGGGGAGCUGCGGCACAGCCACUCGGAGAUCAACGUGUCCCACGACAGCCACUCGUCGUCGAGCACAUCCGGGGGCAGCAGCAGCCACUCGCGCGGGCAUUACAAGUGCAUCGUACAAAAAGGUGAUAAACUAAAGGCCAAAAUCGUAGAAACUAGGUUACACGACAGCGUCGCCAAACUGGAUUCGAACCUGAACGAUUCCGGCACGUUCCUGCCGCCUAUACUUUAGUUACGCGUAUAUACGGCUGCGACUCGAAGAGGGAGAUUUUAAGAUAAUUAAAAAAAAACGAAUAGGUUCCAUAUAAUAUGUGUUUGUAGCAAAGGAGCAGUCGCUUUUGAUUGAUAAGUUUUGAAAGUACGCGAUAGAUCAAAUAUUAAGGACCAAAACAACGCUGGAAUAGUCUUUAUUGGUCUUUGCUCUCGAGAGUUUCUGAACAACUCCUCAUAAAUCAAUCAGAAGAUCUAAUUUACUAACGUUUCGUAGAUUUUAGUUUAACAUAUUUUUUCGUGAUCCACAUUAUUCGACUAGCGAAAAUUUUGACCUACGCAAGAUCUUUUGAUCGAUAUGUAAGUCUAAAUCAAUAGUUUUAAUUUAUUCAAACACCUAACAUCAGCUAGCAUUUGAUGUCCACAAAAAAACAUCGAAAAGUAAAAUUGGAAAUCUCUGAUUACUGAAACUAAAGAGGCCAACGACUAUCGAGACCAAUAUAAAACCGCUUCAAUAAUUUAGGCGUAGAUAAUUGUUACCCCCAACCUCAAACAAUCACAAGUCUUACCCUGAAGAUAAAAAUGUUGUGACUGAAUAUGCCUAAUAAUAAUAAUACUUAUUAGUAGAAAUGAUGUUGGCCAAAUAUAGAUCUCUUUUAGCUGCGAUGUUUUGCGACGAAUCUCGCGCUAUUAAUUCUAAUUUUCAUUCAUUUAUUGCAGUCGAAUUUCAAUUUUAACUGUGAUUACGUGAAAAAUUAGCUUAAAGAUAUAUAGAGAAUAAGUUGAACUAUUUUAAAAUUCUAUCGACCAGUUCAGUUUGCUUAGCUAUUAUUGGAUGUUAUGAUAGUUAUUGAUAGGUGAAUUCUUUCAUCGAGUAUUAAUCUAGUUUUAGGAAGAAUAUUGUGAAUAAUCUUAUAAAAAGUUUAAUUAAAACUCGAUGAAAAAAUUAUUACAGGCUGUCUCAGUGAAAUAACCAAUUUUUGAAAAAAAUGAGUGAAACGAUAAUUAAAGCAUUGCCAAUGGAAUUGGUGUAAAAUUUUCGGUUUUGUAAGUACUGUGUAAAGUAAUCUAAAAAUAAUAUUUUGGAAAUUUCUGUGAGACAACCGGUAUGUGCAAAUAUUACGGAUUUGAUGGAUUUAAUUUUCGCUUACGUUUUACUAAAUAAAUGUGGUAGUUUCCAACGACAUGACUGUUUAUAUUCAAAACUUACAUGUUCAUUAGAUAAUAGGUCUCUUAAAAAUAAACUAAACGAAUUUUUAUUUAUAACUUUUUAUACCUAGACUACUUUUUAGUGUAUAUUUUUUUCGAUUUAUUUGUUUUAAAAAAGUGUGUUUAUUUCGAAAAGUAUUUAUUGCGUACACGAGAAUUUUAGUUUUCAACUAAUUGUACCGUUUUUUAAUUUUUGUAUAUAAAUUGUGAUACCUAAAAGUUUAAUUAUUAAUAUUAUUAUG